AUGGGACAAGAAAGGAGGAAACUUUCUGAUGAAUAUGAAGUCACAGACAUUCUAGGCAGAGGGGGAUUCUCAGUUGUGAGAAAGGGUGUUAGAAAAGCAAAUGAUAAUGGAGAAGAAAGAACAUUUGUAGCAAUCAAGACUCUCAAAAGAUUUGCAUCCACUCCUAGAUCCAUGACUUUCUCAUCCUGGAAACAAGAAGUCAGUGUCUCUGAUGCCUUGCUGACUAAUGAAAUCCUGGUCAUGAAGAAGAUUGUGGACAGUGUUUCACCACAUCCGAAUGUGAUAAAUCUCUAUGAUGUCUAUGAGGAUCAAUCAGGUGUUCACCUUGUGUUGGAGCUUUGUUCAGGAGGUGAACUGUUUGAUAGGAUUGUGAAGCAGGAGAAGUACUAUGAGGUUGGAGCUGCAGCUGUGGUCAGGCAGAUUGCUGAAGGCUUGAAUGCUCUACACAAGGCUGAUAUUGUACACAGGGACUUGAAGCCUGAGAACUGUCUUUUCCUGGAUGACUCUGCGGAUUCUCCCUUGAAGAUCAUGGACUUUGGAUUGAGUUCUGUUGAGGAAUUCACAGACCCGGUUGUGGGAUUAUUUGGGUCUAUUGAUUAUGUAUCUCCAGAGGCUCUUUCUCAGGGCAAAAUAUCUUCAAAAAGUGACAUGUGGUCCUUGGGAGUCAUCUUGUAUAUCCUACUAUCUGGGUAUCCACCCUUCAUUGCCCAGUCCAAUAGACAGAAACAGCAGAUGAUAAUGAAUGGUGAGGUCAAUUUCGACGAGAGAAGUUGGAAGAACAUUACCUCAUCAGCAAAACAUCUGAUUAAAAGUCUCCUGACAGUUGAUCCUGACAAAAGGCCAAGUGCUCAAGAGAUCCUUACUCAUCCAUGGGUCAUAGGUGAUUCUGCUAAGGAGGAACAAAUGGAUGCUGAGAUUGUUUCACGACUGCAGAGUUUUAAUGCCCGUCGCAAAUUCCGUGUAGCAGCAAUGGCUAGUGUGUUGAGCAGCACAGUUCUCCUGAGAACAAAGAAGCUGAAAAAAUUAUUGGGGUCCCAUGACCUCACAGAGAAGGAAAUUGAGAAUCUCAGGCUACAUUUUACAAAAAUAUGUGCUAAAGGUGACAAUGCAACUCUAGUAGAAUUUGCGGAGGUGCUGCGAGCCAUGAACAUGUCAUCCCUAAUUCCAUUAGCACCUCGUAUCUUUGACCUAUUUGACAACAAUCGUGAUGGUACGGUUGACCUGAGAGAAGUACUCUGUGGGUUCUCCAGCCUUCGCAGUUCCAAAGGAGACGAUGCUCUGCGUCUAUGUUUUCAGAUGUACGAUACAGAUCGAUCUGGAUGCAUCACAAAGGAAGAAGUAGCAUCAAUGCUAAGAGCUUUGCCCGACGACUGCCUUCCACCUAAUAUCACAGAACCUGGAAAACUGGAUGAAAUAUUCGAUCUGAUGGACGCAAAUAGUGAUGGAAAAGUAACAUUUGAAGAGUUCAAAGCUGCCAUGCAGAGGGACAGUUCUCUUCAGGAUUAUGUCCUCUCCUCUCUUCGCCAACAAUAACAAUCCUUCUUUCCACUACUUUUUCACCUUUCAUCAACACUUUUUUUUCCUACAUAUGGCUCCAGUUUUUGGAACUUCUUAGAGCCCCUAAUAGAGAAAUCCUCAAUGUAAGGAGAAGCAAAACCACAUUUCAGACACCUGGAAACAUAGGACUUAAUAGAGUAUGUAUAAUGUUUGUUGUGAUAUAUUGUUCUUAAUAAUACAUGUUUUUCAAAGUGUUGAUG